AUGGCAUUCAGUGCAGUCUUAGAGGCCGGACUCGCUAUCAUCAGCUACGCGCAAAGCGCCUUCGCUGCCGAUGCCAUCGUCCUGGCUGUAACAUGGACGAAGACUUUCCAGCAGUGGCGGAGUGCUCGCCGUUUGAACAUGCGCUUGCCAGUCACGCUUUGCCUCCUCCGAGAUGGCACGAUCUUUUUCCUCAUCCUGCUCGCCAUAAGCAUCGCCAACCUACUUUCUCUUUUCCCGGCACGCAGUCUCAUUGAAUUCCUCCCGCCUAUCCUCGUCUCCCGUUUCCUCCUCAACCUGCGCGACUGCACCGGGUCAAACACCACAGACCGCAGCCUCCCGCGGCUCUCGGAGCUCAGCGUUCACUUCGCGACGUCGAAUGUGUCAAACAUCAUCGGUAAUAUCGGCGCGCCGCUGGACUACGCGCAGGCGGAGAGGCUUAUCCGCGCUGAGUACGAGCGUCCUGGAGACAAAAGCGGCGUCCCCUUCUCUGAUACUGCCGCGUCGACUGCCAUUGGCAUGUGACUGUGUGCCCGCCGAGGACUCGACGUGUCGGAAAAUUCUAG